AUGCUAUCCACUCAAGUGAUCAUGCAAGGCUCCUUACUAUUGCUCUCCGCACUCAGCUUUGUGGGUGCACACCCAAAGCCUGAGGGGCAACUGCUACCCAGAACUCUCAGCAAUCCCGCUCAGCAAUCAGGCUACUCCACAUUCGACAUGCUGGAUGUCCCCGGUCCCCCGCGCUCCUUCGUCGCCCUUUCGUCUGUGCCCAGCAUUUGCGCCCAGUAUACAGGGCCAGGUCAGGAAUGCGCAGCGCAGAUGCAGGCGUUUAACGUCACCUUGGGUGACUGCGGCUCUGCCUGGACGGUGUGCCGCUGCACAACUGCGAACAUCACGCUCGAAGAGGGCAUCGACCAUUUAGCUCGCGUGCCCAUCGGGUUGCGACGAAACGUCGGAACCGUCAUGCUCAUGCCAGAUAGCUCAGCUCAUGCCUACACUCUUGCCAGCGACAUCCAUUACUUCGGUGUUUGCUCUCAAAGGACCUGGAUUCACGAAUCGACGCACGCGUCCGAUCAUGGACACUCGUCGUCCGACGCAUGGAUUAGCGCCGUCGACGGGGAUAGCUGCGUUCCUGACACAUACGCACAAAUAAACUAUGUCGAGGACUUUGCGCAAGUGAGCGUACUGCAGGUUUAUCUCCAGCUGCACGGCCAGCUUCCUCCCGGAUUCACCUCCGACUGCAUGCCCAAGCAAUUCGCGUACAUGCAAAGCCUGUCCUUGUACAACAACGCCACCCUCUUCGGAGAUACGUGCGCAUUCAACGAUGACUGGACCUCGUCUGCCUUACACACGGUCGCUCCUCCGUCGAUCGUGACGGACACAGUGAUCACUGGCUCGUACACGACCGUGACUGGGACGUCGAGCGUUACAGCUUUGUCUGGCGUCAUCGCUGCCGCCGCCACGGAACUCCUCAGCUCGCAGUCGGCUGGAGCGACCUCGACGGCGGGUGCGACUACCACGCAGGGCACCGUUGGGGGAAAUGGGGUCUCAGGUACCGCUGUUGUACCUUCGGAUGGGACCAAUACCGCUACGCUUCCCAGUGCAAGUACCAACGGGGCAAUGAUGACGGGGACACCAAGUCUGGCUUCGUUGCUAUCCUGCGUUGCUAUUCUGUCAAUUGCUCUGUGUUGA